CCAGGAGUUAUGGUUUAUUCUGGAAUCAACCAUGAGCCUCGAACAGCUGAAGAGUAUUCCUUGCGCAUUGAUGCUGACCAUCACAGAGGAGAAUGCGCUAUUGAAACUCUUCCUUUCAAUGUAGUUACGAAUACAGUAUUCGACUACAUGCAUUUGGUGUGUCUUGGUCUGAUGGAGAAAAUUUUUCAAGGCAUUAUAGAUGGCAGAUAUGCAAAAACAGCAAAGCUUUCUGCAGAUAACAUUAGGAUCUUAGGUAACCGAUUAGCUCAGGUAGAACUGUAUUGUCCUUCUGAUUUUGCUAGGAAGCCUGUCGAUAUCGACAAGCACAGUAAAUUUAAAGCUACUGAGCAUAGGCAGAUUCUACUAUAUACUGGUCCAGCUGUUUUUCAUGGUUUGAUGACUCCUGCUGUUUAUAAACAUUUUCUUUUGCUCCAUACAGCAAUUAGGAUUUUAGUUAGUCCUUGGUGCUCUCAGGAAAAUGUUGAUUUUGCAGAACAGUGCAUUCAAAUAUUUGUUGGUCAUGCUUCACAAAUAUACGGUAUCGAAUUUCUUUCCUAUAAUACGCAUGCUCUAUUACAUCUUCCUGAUGAUGUAAGAUCUUUUGGACCACUUGAUGGUUAUUCAGCUUUUCCUUUUGAGAACAAUAUGACUUAUUGUAGAAAAUUAUGUCGGAAGCCAGGUCAACAUCUUCAACAAAUUGCAAAUAGGAGAUCAGAACAUUGUCAAGUCAAUAGUCAUGAGAGGAUAAAUACAAAUAGUUUGAAAUUCGUUGGAAGGCAUUUUAAUGGUCCAGAGCCGUUGAUCGAUUGUAGCUAUACUCAGUACAGGAAGAUCAUUAAAGGGCCACUUCAAAUAUCUCUUCAUCAACAUGAUAAUACGGUUAUUUUAGAAAACAGAUCAAUUUGUAUUGUGCAAAAUGUUAUUAAAAUGGAAAAUGAUGAUUGUUACUUAUUAGUAAAGCCUUUUGAAGUAAUCGAAAAAUUUUUUGAGAGUCCUCGUGCUUCUACAUCAAUUGGUGUUAUACUGUGUUCGCAGUUAUCUUCUCAAAUUUCUCUCAUUAAGCUUGAUGAGGUGGUAGCUAAAUGUUUUAGAAUGCCAUACUGGGCAGAACUUCCGAAAAAAGAUGUAGUUCGUGAUUUUCAUAUCGUAGUUAGUUUGUGGUCUUCGCAUGAAACACUCGCUUAGUUUAAUUUCUUUUAGUAUUUAUAUCAAUUUUUCUUAUUUAAUAUUUUUUCAGAUUACUAAUAUUAUUAGUAGUAGUAAGAUUAUUGCAAUCAUUGUCUCUUAAUUUUAACUGUAUUAAUUAUUGUAAUUUAAUUACUUAGAUGAGUCUCAACAAAAAUCAAGGAGCACUGGAUCCUCGCAUUGCAGACCAAAAUCUGAUGCGGAAAAUGGCUUCGCUGAAAUCUUUUUCCACCAGCAGCUCAAGGAAGCAGAGUGGAAAUCAGCAGCUGCCUCCACGACCACUGCCUCGCUCUGAUUCUAGGGCACACAAAACAUCUGCACAAAAACCCGACAACCAUCCAUACACAGCAACUCAAUCACAAACACCACGACAGAAGACACCCACAACAUACAACCGAACACUGCAUACAGUCACGAAACAAUCACUAAAUUAUCUACAAACACACAAACAACAGCUACCAAACGUUGCACAAACACAGAACGUACAACGCACACAAACAACAUUACAAGAACUCUCGACACAGACACACAAUCCAUCACACGUACAGCAAUUUCAUCGUCGUUUUGUUUCAGAUGUAGUUGGUGCAGUAGAUGGUUUUGAAUUUAUUCCGACAAGAAAAUCAUCCCUUCCACUUGCUUCAGGACCAUCAGUAUCUUCAGCUUCAGCCCAGCUUGCAGCUCCAGAGAAAAACUUAAUCUACGACGCGCUUCUCAGAAUUGAGGAAAAAAUGACGUUGUUCGAUACAAGGCUACAAAACCUCGAAGAACUUGCAACCAAAAUCUAUACAACGACGAAACGAGAGACAAAGAAGAAGAGCAUGGUUAGAAAAGAUCGUCCGGCAUUUCUUCCGUUCUCGACAAAAGAAGAUCUUCUUCUCUUCGAUGAUGCGUCGGAAGACGACUACAAUGCUUUUGUGGACUAUCUAAGUUAUCUGGGAGGAGGCAAUACGUAGCUUCCACGUAUUUUAGAAAAUGCAUCAAGAUGACAGAAGAUCUUUUUUCCAAUCUCACCUGGACUGGAUCGAAAAAACAAAAACUUGUGUCGCUAAAAGAUUCUCGCUUCUCAGCAGCUUGCGAAGGUAUGU